AUGUAUAACAAUGUGGAUGAAGGGGUACUUGUGGAUAGUGCUCUCUGUAAAAGCAUAUUUCAAAUCUCGUCAUUUUUAGAAUCCUUUAUACAAGUUUUAAAGUAUAAUUCAGGUCUACUACAAUGUCAUGAUGACCUUUGUCCUCCACCCGUCCUCAUUUUAGUGACUACUAAAAUCAUUCAAAUGGUGAAUCCUACAGAGUCCAGUGUAAAUAACGAAACUAAUCCAAAUGAAAAGGUAGAACUCCGUGAUGUACGUGGAGAAUUUUUAGCUAAAGAAAGGUCAUUUGGGGAUUUUUUAAAGUCAUUCGAAGCAUUGAAACCUGAAAGUGAAGCUAUUACAAAGAAUGUCGGCGAAACCGGCGAUCUCACUAAUGCCCCCACCCACACUACGUACCAGGAACAAUUGGAAUCAGCCAUGAACAAGAUGGGCUUAACAAUGGAUGAUUAUUUGAAUGCACGAUCUGCAUGGUCUGGUGAUGCAGUGUUGGUGGAAAAUGUGGACACUACUGAUUUGGCUAGUGACCAGGAGUUGUCUAAGCUUGGGCUAAAUGAGGAGGAAAUUAAAGAAAGAGAAAAGGUGAGGGAUCUUUUGACCGACAGACGGGAUCCAAUGGCGCAACUUUUGAGUUCCAAUUUCGAUGCCGUCUCCUCGGAGCACGAAAAAUUUCAUGAGAUCUUAGAAGAUAUAAGAAAAGAUACGGAGUACAUUCAGGAAAUACCAAAGUGGCAACUGGAGAUGCAGAAGCGCUUGGACAUGCUUCAGCAAAUGCGACUGGAUAUAGAAGCUGACUCCCUUAAACAGCGAGAGAAAGGAAUCAAAGAUGACAUGGACAUAAAAAGUAAAAUAAAGCGUCGUGUGGCUGAGUUAGAGGCAUCUAUUCAAGAGGGAAAAGAACAGCUCGAAGAGCUAAAAAAUUGA